UGACUUACCGAUGUGAGAUUAUUAGAACUGUAAACAACUUCAGUUUCGAAACAGUUUCUUGAUGAAAAGGAAUGGGAACCAUCGACUUCUCUACAAGUCGAAAUAUGCGGCUCAGUGCUUUUUGAUUUCAUGCUGAUCAAAGGUUGAGGGUAAGAAAAAGUUGGGAUAAGGCCAAAAAAUCAGUGGCGUGAAGAAGAAAGCUAUGGCGUUAGUCAGCCAAAAAAAAAAAAAGAUUAAAGAAGAUGAGGCAGGAUGACCUUAACUUGUGGAUUACACUGUUGGUUAUCGGUUCUCAUUCAGGGGACCAGUGAAGACAUUGUCAUUCUGUUGUAUUAUGAAUUGGGACUUUGAAAUCAUUCCGAUUAUUUUACACAUUUGUUAGUAUAGAUUUAGAAUUUGAUUGGGUGAGAGUGAGAGAAACUGUGCCUGUGUAAGAUGAAUUGGAUUCUUUUUGGAUCAGACAUUAUUAGUGUGAAGAAGAGAUUGUGACAACUCUAGCUUGGAAAACACUCAGUUUCAAAUUGAAGAGAUAAAAAAACGGAUCCAAAAUAAGUCUGUAAUUAUAUUACUUAAAGUGUGAAUCGAAUAGGAUAACAAAUAAGUGGGUAUUUGUAAGAGAUCUAAAAGAUUCAGCGCUCUAGUAAAAAAAACCCUGGUUCUUGUUUAACUACCAUUACAUAUUUGACUCUUGGUUUUCGCGUUCCAUCUACGGCCCAACCACGUUUCGCGAAUAGAAUUUCUUGAUAUAGUAGCUGAAUUGCGAUGGAUCUUACGGUUCAGUAUCUGGUCGCAGCAGUUAUAGCCGUACUCUUCAUUUCUUUCUUCAUCAAAAGGGAUACACCAGGUUCCGCCCGCAACCCACCGGAAGCCGCCGGUGGGUGGCCUUUGAUCGGUCAUCUUCACCUCUUAGGUGGUUCCACUCCUUACGUAACCUUAGCAUCCUUAGCAGACAAGUAUGGUCCAAUAUUCAGCAUCCGAAUUGGUGUGCAUCCAGCAGUGGUGGUGAGUUCUUGGGAGUUAGCCAAAGAGUGUUUCACCACUCUCGACGUCGUUGUCUCUUCUCGCCCCAAAUUCACCGCCGCUAAACUCUUGGGCUACGACUAUGCUAACUUUGGGUUUUCCCCUUACGGAGAAUUCUGGCGCGAGAUGCGAAAGAUUACGGCUUCGGAGUUGCUCUCCACUACCCGCUUCGAACUUCUGAAGGAUAUUAGACACUCGGAGGUGAAGAGCUCCUUCAAAGAAUUGUACAGAUCAUGGGCGGAGAAAGGAGGUGGGUCACAUUAUUUGUCGGUGGAGAUGAAGCAGUGGUUCGGAGACGUCAAUCUCAACGUCAUUCUGCGGAUGAUUUCGGGAAAGCAAUACUCCGCCAAAAGUGAAGACGAGCAACAGGUGAGGCGGAUAAGGAAGGUUUUCAGAGAGUUUUUCCGUUUGACAGGGUUGUUUGUGGUUGGAGACGCCAUUCCGUUUCUGGGGUGGCUUGAUUUGGGAGGUGAAGUAAAGGAGAUGAAGAAAACGGCCAUGGAAAUGGAUAUCAUCGUUUCUGAAUGGUUAGAAGAACAUCGCCAGAAAAGAGUCACUGAUGAGAGCAAAACAGAACAGGACUUCGUUGAUGUUUUGUUGUCGGUCCUUAAAGGAGUCGACCUUGCCGGUUACGAUGUCGACACUGUGAUAAAAGCCACCUGCACGAUGCUGAUUGCCGGAGCAACUGAUACAACAGCAGUUACCAUGACAUGGGCACUGUCGUUGUUGCUAAAUAAUCGGGACGCAUUGAAGAAAGUAAAAGAUGAAUUGGAUGAGCACGUGGGAAAAGAAAGAUUAGUGAACGAAUCGGAUAUAAACAAAUUAGUUUAUCUUCAAGCUGUGGUAAAAGAGACACUGCGAUUGUAUCCAUCUGGGCCAUUCUCUGGUCCACGUGAAUUCACAGAAGAUUGUACACUGGGAGGCUUUAACAUCAAAGCGGGUACCCGAUUUAUUUUGAACAUUUGGAAAUUACACAGAGAUCCACGAAUAUGGUCAAAUCCAUUGGAGUUUGAACCAGAGAGGUUCUUGACAAGCCACCGAAGUGUUGAUCUGAAGGGUCAGCAUUUCGAACUCCUUCCCUUUGGUGGUGGAAGGAGGUUGUGCCCUGGCAUAUCAUUUGGCCUUCAGAUGACACACUUGGCAUUAGCUUCACUUUUGCAGGCAUUUGAAAUCACCACCCCAUCCAAUGCUCCAGUUGAUAUGAGUGCCACGUUUGGACUCACAAAUAUGAAAACCACUCCUCUCCAGGUUUUACUCAGACCCGCUUUAUCACAUCACCUACUUUUUGGUGAUGAUGUUUAGCAAGAUCCAUUGUAUUACCCAACGUCUACAAAGUUACUCAUCUGUUGUGAAACUGUUUAAUUGAUUGUAUAAUUAAAGAUACGAUAUGUUUUUCUUGAUAAA